CCCCAAGCUACAAUGUUUCUCUUAUUCGGUAAAUCUAGCAACUUUAUCUUGCUCUUCUUCAUCUUCCUAAUUGUCCGCUCGCCCCCAUGCAUUCUUGCCAGAAGAACGCCCGGAUUCAGGUGGAUCAAUUUCCCGGUAACUGCAAAAGGCUAUAAGGGCAAUCGGGACAACAUCGAAAGGUUCUUCAACGCGACUAUAGGCAGCCACAUCACUGGCAUAUCGGAAAUCAAAAAACACUUUCAUCGUUUUGGCUAUCUCACAUUGCAGAACGACACAUUCACCGACACGUUCGACGCUCGGUUCGAAUCGGCUAUUACACGCUACCAAGAGAAACUCGGCCUACCCACUACGGGUAAGCUUGAUUACCCUACAGUUUCUCAAAUUACCGAGCCAAGGUGUGGCGUGCCCGACACAGUCCAUAGGUUGCAUGCAACCCGACAUUACGAAUAUUUUCCGGGGAAACCUCGAUGGUCACGGCGCAUGCCAAUGAGGCUCACUUACGCAUUCUCGCCGGAGAAUUCGAUAAACCACUUGAGCUUAUCAGACAUAAGGGUCGUUUUCAAACGCGCAUUUGCGAAGUGGGCAUCGGUUAUACCAGUGAGUUUCUUGGAGACCGAGGACUAUGGCUUCGCAGAUAUAAAAAUUGGGUUUUACAGCGGCGACCACGGAGACGGAGAGCCAUUCGAUGGGGUUCUGGGAGUUCUGGCCCACUCAUUCUCGCCUGAGAGCGGGAGACUCCAUCUCGAUGCGGCGGAGACCUGGACCGUUGAUUUUGAGACGGAGAAAUCACCGGUGGCCGUUGAUUUGGAAUCUGUAGCGACCCAUGAGAUCGGGCAUUUGCUAGGUUUAGCCCACAGCUCGGUGAAGGAGACUGUUAUGUACCCUAGCUUGAAGCCUAGGGAUAAGAAGUUGGAUUUGACAGCGGACGAUGUGGAAGGAGUGCAAGCUCUGUAUGGAUCAAACCCUAACUUUAGGACUGGGUCUUUGUUAGAGUCUGAUAUUUCCACAAAUCAGGGUGUUGAUUACAGAGCUGGCACAUCUACGUGGGCAAUAUCAGUGCUGGUUUUGAUUCUUUGUUUGUACGUAUGAUUUUCAAUGAAUAUUUCUUUGUUUUUUGGUUUUUGGGUUGUGGAGGAACAAUCAUGUUUCCUAGAGUACAGGAUAAGGAGGCCGGUCGUUGGACGCCCUUAGAUAGGAUUUGACCGUGGUAGCUUUGAAAUUUGAACU